AUGUUCAGUUCUCCGCAAAAUACGGCAAAUUACCAGAACACCACUCAACCAAUGCUCAGAAUUGAUGGGCUGCAAGAACGAACUGUAUAUGCAUUUCGUGUUCGAGCAUUCACGAGUUCGGGUCCAGGACCUUGGUCAGCAUCGAACACAAUUCAAAUCACCGCGGAAGUUCCCGAUCCACCAACUCAUAUUAAAGCUGAGCGGAUCAAUCAACGCCAGAUCAAAGUGACCUGGAACCUUCCUCGCAGAUCAACUUACCGAAUCAACAGCGAUUAUCAUCAGCGACCCAUUCCAGUUACCGGUUUUAGGAUCCACUAUGCAGCCCAUGAUACCACUGUGGAUCCUUCCAGUGAACGAAUUCUUGAAGUUGGUGCCGUUACAAUGGCGACUUUGGAUGAUGUGUCUCCAAAUGAGAGUUAUAUUAUCAAGAUUCAGUCUAGAGGUAUGGACAAAAGGUUCGGUAACUGGAGCGAUCCGGUUAUAGUCAGUGCCAGUCGAUAUGGUUUUGAUCAGAAUGGAGGGGCGUUUCAACUUAGCCGAGUUACCGAUCUACGGUGUUUCGGUGUAAAACCAACUGAUAUGGCAAAUCCAAUGAACUCGAGUUUAAAGAUUACUUGGCUACCUCCAUCUGAUCGGCGCCUGAUUAAGGAAUACGAGGUAUGUUCGUCAAGCAAUCUUUCUUGA